AUUGAUACUCAUUUUUUAUGAUUGAAUUAUGAUUAAUUUAUUCAAUUUAUUGUUUUGACUUUUGAUUAGGUUUUUAGUUUGUGAGUUGCGAUAGUGAAAUACAUUUUUCAAACUUCGAGAUGGCAAAUACACUGUUUGGAUGGGAUUUAUUGUAUGGCAGCAUAGAAAAUGAUGUGAGGAAUAAUCAAGAUAUUUUGGUGUCCCUAACUCAUCUGAUACUUGUUUCAAAUGGCUUCAAAUGUAUUGGUUUAGGUGAAUCAAAGACUCUCGAUGGCAGUGAAACAAAGAGUGAAGCUUUACCUAAAUAUUGGAAUGAGCAUUAUGCAAUGAGAUAUGUAUAUCAAGGUCGUUUGUACAAUUUCAAGGCAACAAUUCUGGAUGAUGGUGUGAUGAUAAAUCUGAUACGUGUUGAUGAACGUACAGUAUCAUUGGUACAACUCAAUUCCAGAUCAGUGGCCCAGCGAUCUGGAACAUUGGAUGAAAUGAUACCUGACAAUAAGAGUAUUGUUGACCUGAUUAAGAGGCAGUUGAUUGAUAAAGUUAUAGUUUCCAAGAAAUCUAGAGAAACUUCAAGUCAGACUGAGGCAGAACGAGCAUCUCAUGAAAGUUCUAGAUCUAUUAGGGAUCCUAGGUCUUUGGUCCCCCCAGGGAUUCCCAGAGUAGCAGACCCCCUUUCUCCAUCAGUUUUUAUUCCAGGCAACUAUGGAAGGUCUGAUCUGGAUCCAUUUGGGGUGGAUCCACUUAGAGAUCUUCGUGUACCUAACAGUAUAAUCAUUCCUGGUGGUGGUAAUCUGUUUCAACCCCCAGGACCUUCUUUUGGAGGCCCUCCUUUACCACCAGGGGUUCCUCCUGGGUCUAUACCUCCAGGAGCAAGAUUCGAUCCAUUUAGGCCCCCUGAUAUUGAUAGAUUCACUCCUAGGCAUCCUAGACCUGAUAAUGAUGAACUUCCACCACCUGGAUAUGAUGAUAUGUUUAUGUAAGGUUCAUGAGAUUUUAUUUUGCAAUCAAUAUAGCUUAAUUGUUCAAUUUUUA